AUGGCUGGUGAAGCAUCAAAAGAUGAAUACAUAAAACUCAAAGUUGUUGGGCAAGAUAACUCUGAGGUGCAUUUUAAAGUAAAAAUGACAACCAGUAUGGGAAAAUUGAAAAAAUCCUAUGCCGAACGACAAGGUGUUGGUGUAGCAACGUUAAGAUUUUUGUUUGAUGGAAAAAGAAUAAAUGAUGAUGAGACGCCCAAAUUAUUGGAAAUGGAAGACAACGAUGUUAUCGAAGUAUAUCAAGAACAGGCAAUAGCACAGGGACAAUUUGUUGGUGGUAGUACGAAAUCCAGUCGAUUUAUCGAAAAAUAA